CCUGGUGGUGGGAUGCCGCAUCAGCUCUUCUCUUCAGGUAGACCAGGCAGUGAAGGGAAUACGGCCAGCAUGUUCGAGCUCCUGGACUGCAGACACCUUGUCUCUAAGCCUUUGUCCUCUCGCCCUCUCUAGUGCUACCUAUUCUCCCUAUAUGAACAUCGUCAUCCGCCAAACGCCAUCGUGACGCCCACGUCCUUUCUCUAAUUCUUAGCUCGACACCUGCACCCUCCUCCCGUCCUGGUUGUGGACUCCCGCACACCUCUUCGACUGACCAUAUUUCUACACCCCUACACUCCUUUCCUCAUCGCCGUCUCACCCUAUCCCUCCCACCAUGGCCACCAACGGCCUCAAACAGCGGCUUCCGUCUGCUUCCGUACCCUCGCUCAAAGAAGAACAGAAGGAGAUUGGAGAUAAACACCACCCCGGAGGCGCCAUCAAACAUGGAACAUGGGACCAAGCCCUCCGCAUGCUUGUCUUUGCCUUGUACUUCAACGGAAGCUGCUUAUGCAUAUUCAUGACCCAGCUCAUUGGCGCCCCGCUGUACUUUUACAAUAAGGAUUUGUUUUAUGCGUGGAUGGCCAUGACGAAGCAACAUUUUGGGGUCGUUGCUGCCACCAUGACCCACUGGUGGGCACCGACCAAGAUAAGGGUAAGCGGGGAUGAGAGUGUCAGAGGGCAGUUGAGAAAGACUGAGGAUGGGAGGUUAGAGUGCGAUUUCCCCGAGCGGAUGGUGUUGGUUGCAAAUCAUCAGAUUUAUACCGACUGGAUAUAUCUCUGGUGGAUUGCAUACACCUCCAAGAUGCACGGGCACCUCUACAUCAUCCUCAAGGAGUCGAUCAAAUGGAUUCCUAUCCUCGGCCAAGGCAUGAUGUUUUAUGGAUUCAUAUUCCUGUCUCGCAAGUGGGCAAAGGACAAGGAGCGGUUUCAGUAUCGUCUGCGAAAGCUGAACAGUAGCCAUAGCGGACCUUUAUCAGGCACACAUACGCUGGAUCCGAUGUGGUUGCUGAUUUACCCUGAGGGCACGAAUCUGUCAUCGAACGGCAGGGUAUCGAGUAAGAAGUGGGCAGACAAGACAGGAAUAGAUGACCUGCGGCACGCUCUGCUACCCCGCAGCACUGGUCUCCUAUUCUGCCUUCUAGAGCUGAGGAAGACUGUGGAUUGGAUGUACGAUUGCACGGUAGCAUAUGAAGGUGUUCCCCGCGGUCAAUUCGGGCAAGACAUAUUCACACUUCGCUCAACAUACUUCCAAGGCCGACGUCCAAAGUCCGUCAACAUGCACUGGCGGCGCUUUGCGACGAAAGACAUCCCAGUCAACGAUCCUAAAGAGUUCGAAAAGUGGCUUCUCCUUCGCUGGAGAGAGAAAGAUGAUCUUCUCGAAUACUAUUUUCAGAAUGGCCGAUUCCCUGCCGAUGAUGGCAUUGGCCCUACGGUCAACGGUGCCAUUCCCGUCAAGGGCGCUGGCUAUAUCGAAACCGAAGUUAGAACCAAAGGCCCCUUAGAGUUCGUCCAGAUCUUUAUUCCGUCGAUGGCGCUGGGACUGGUGAUUAACGUCAUCGUCAAGUUUAUAAAUAUGGUGCUGCGUAUUUUGCACAUGAAGUAAUUCUCCACGAAACGAUUAAAUGAAGCGGAGGGAGACCAAUCAGCAUUUCCGGUGUCUAGGGCUACAAGAUCAUAAUGCACAGGCCCCAACAAACUUCCUCGGGGGGCCUGGUGGAGUUUCUUGGUUCUCAACUCUGAAGUUUUUCAUGUUUACGACAACUGAUGAGGGGGACCGGGCUGGGUGUACGGAUCUGUUUGAAGGCAUUUUUGAGUGGGGGUUUUUUUGGUUCUCAACGUACAAGGCUUUAUACCCUAUUCAUAUGAGACGGUUUCUAUGUCGGCUUGUUAGAGGCCAAGGUCAUUCUAUUUGGCCUACUUUUGCUAUCGUAAACAGCGUCGUGCCUGCAAUUGUUUACCACAUAUGCACUCUUGCUAUUAGUUUGCUUUAAAAAUUGCGAUGCGGAGGAUUCAGGAUUGGGGGAUGAAGUGCAGGUGAGCGCUUCGCGACUUCCUGGGGUGUAUGGGGGGCUGAUAUGCACCUCCUUC